CUGGAAGUGGUGGCAGUGCCUGCAGGGGGUGGAGACAAGGCAGCGGGCCCACCAUCAGCACCAUGCUCCUGGGGAUCCUCGUGGUGCUCUGCUUCAUCCCCACUGCUGAUGUAACAGAAAACAAGAUUUUAGUGGCUCAGCAUCCUUUGCUCAUUGUAGCUAACCAAACUGCAACUCUAGUUUGCAACUACACCUACAAUGGGACAGGGAAGGAAUUUCGAGCUUCGCUACACAAAGGAACGGACAGUUCAGUUCAAGUUUGCUUUAUUUCAUGGAACACAACCAAAAUUAUCAGCAAUUCAAAUAAAGAAUUUAACUGCCAGGGGAAUCAUGAUAAAGACAAAGUCAUCUUCAAUAUUUGGAACAUGAACGCCAACCAAACUGACAUCUACUUCUGCAAAAUCGAGGUCUUGUAUCCACCCCCAUAUGUCUACAACGAGAAGAGUAACGGGACUGUCAUUCAUGUGAAAGAGGCACCCACCCAAAUACAAGAGCCUCAGUCUGCAGUUCCUUUGUGGAGUUUGGCAACAGUGACUGGAAUUCUUGCACUCUACAGCAUGCUAAUAACUGCAGUUUUUAUUAACUACUGGCAAAAAUCCAAGAAGAGUAUGUACCAUCAGAGCGACUACAUGAACAUGACCCCACGGCACCCACCGUACCAGAAGAACAAGGGUUACCCGUCCUACGCCCCGACACGGGACUACACCGCCUACCGCUCCUGGCAGCCCUGAGCCCGCCAGGAGCCUCCUGCGCACUCACUCGCUCUGGGCACGAAGGACAGCCCCUCGUUUCUCAUCAUGUUUGUUGCUGUUGAUCACAGACACCUACACCGUAGCAAGUAUUAACUAAACUUUGAGCUACUAAAAGGAAAUCCA